GGAAGAAGCAAGCGGGUUGCGUGCGCGCCGGUCGUUGAAUGAAACAGCUGUCAAAUUCAAAAGUAGGUCACCGAUGUCCGAAUGGAGGAGUACAAUCGAAUUGAUCUCGCUUUAGGUUUAGUUUUACAUUAGUUUUAGGUUUGUUAUAAUUCUAAGUCCAAAGAAGCGGCGCGAAGAUGGCCAGCAACGUACCUGACGUCACCUACUGCUGCGAGAUCUGCGGCUUGGAGAGCCUCUCCGAGGACGAGUUCCGCGUCCACACUCACACAGCACAUGUUGAUGGGCAUGCAGUGUGUCCAUUCUGUCAAUUAGGCUCCAUCUCACCCUCCGAGCUGCUGCUGCAUGUGAACCAGGCGCAUCUCGACUUCCUCACGCCGGAGUCGGAGAUGAAUAUGUCUUUUAUUGAUGACACCAGUCCAGAUUACAAUGGGGAAUGCAGUGCGGGUGCAGUGUGGAAUGACAAUGUUGUGCAGAAUGGGACUACCAAUGGGUCAUUGGGACACAACAUUAAUAAUAUCAACAUAGCACCAAAGCAUAAUCUUGUCAAUGGUGGAGGAGAGUUAAGUCCAAUGAGUCCGUCAACAAAUGGACAUGGCCAUCAUGGUCAUGGUUCACCUUUGAGAACAAGUUUAAAUUUGAAAUUGAAGAAUGCAGCACCUACUUUGCAAUGUCCAAUGUGUAAUUAUACUAGUAACAGUCCAAAUGAGCUUGAGGGGCAUAUAAACAGGCAACAUUUCGACUUAACUUCGCCGUCCGUGGGUGGUUCGACCAGCGAGGUGUUCGCGUGCCCGAUCUGCACGAAGGCGUUCAACUCCGCUCCUGACCUCGAGCUGCACGUGAACAUUGAGCACAAAGACGUCCUGUCUCCGGCGUCUACUUCGAGCUUUUCCUGUCCAGUGUGCGGCAUCACCCUGGACGAUGACAACGGUGAGGGCGCCAGUCGCCACGUGGAGAACCACUUCCCGGCCACAUCUCCAGCGCCCGCCGAACGCGAGGCACUCCGCAAGCGAGAGCAGCGUGAGUUUGAACUGCUGCGCGCUCAGUAUGGCAUGGAUGACCAGGGCAACUUCCGUGAGCAAUCCGUGACGAAUAUGCAGCGCGCUGUGUACGCUGGAGAGAUGAGUGUCGCUGAUUAUUAUGAGCGCACGCUGGAUUUGCGCGCGGCGGAGAGCUGCGGUGUUGACGAUGGCAGCUCGGUGACCCGCACCAUUGUGCCACGAGUCAAGGCGAUGAGCUGCAACGCGACGAAUGUGGCGCGCACGCUCACCUGUUCUUGCGUGGACCAUUACGCGUCUUCGUACGGGGAUCGUGGUUGGGGCUGUGGUUAUCGCAACACGCAGAUGCUCUUCUCCAGUCUGCUCACGCACACCGGCUUCAACGAGCGUCUCUACAAGAUCUGGAAGGAUCACAAACCGCCGCGUAGCUCUGUUCCCAGCAUAUCAAGGUUGCAAAGUCUCAUUGAACAAGCAUGGGCACAAGGAUUUGAUGUACAGGGUUCCGAGCAGUUGGGUAGUAAACUGGUCAAUACGAGGAAAUGGAUUGGGGCUACCGAAGUCGUCACUCUUCUGUCUUCUUUACGCAUACGUUGUCAAUUGGUCGACUUCCAUCGGCCAACGGGCCCCAACGGCGCGCACCUGGAACUCUUCAACUGGGUGUUGAAGUACUUCGAAGGCUUCGAUAACGGCGAUUUCAUCGCGCCAUUGUAUCUGCAGCAUCAAGGACACAGCCGAACAAUAAUGGGCAUUGAAGCACAGAAAGACGGUUCGCUGAUGCUGCUUGUUCUUGAUCCGAGCCACUCGCCACAACAAAUGGCACAAUUUGGUGAUACGAGUUCAGCGGCCGGGGCGCUCCGGUUGCUGCGAAAGAGUGAAGCUGCCAUGAAGGCCAAACAGUACCAAAUUGUAGCCAUCAUUGGCACCAUCGAUUCUGAGGAGCAAUAUCAACAAAGUAAAGUUCUCAGAGGUCUGCGUAUACCGCAAGAACGGUGAGUGAAAACGGCACAGGAAUAAAAAAUCCACUUCGACCGCGGGCUACACAUGAACGACAUCGGAAUGCAUUAGAGCAAAUCUUUACAUUUAGUGUGUAAACAGGGAUACUGAAAUUUUAAACAUGUAAUACCAAACUAAAAUCAACACCACCUUUUGCUGUUCAAAAAAGAUAACAAACAACUACUAUAUAUCUAUCCGACGCAUUCAGACUUGCAGUCGGACGUUACCAGAAUUUGUUGUUGACUACUCUUAAACGAACCGACAGCGCGCUUUCCUUUCGCCCUACGUUCGCCUGACGAACGUCAGCGCAACCUGUUAUUAUGUUGGUCUUGUCCUUGUUAAUUGAAUCUAUUAUAUUACUUAAUUAAUGUUAACCAUUUUUGGACGCCACGCCGAAACCAAGGUGAUUACGCUUCUUCCGCAAAUGUGACGGAAAGAAUUCUAUUUGCUUGUUAAAUUUAAAGAAAAAAUGAAAAAAACCCACAUUAAUUGGGAGUUAAGUACGAGCACCUUUAACGACACACGUUUACAUUCGGUAAUCGAUCACAAAUCAUAGAAGCCAUUUCCAAAGUAAUGUAAUUUUAAAAGUUGAAUCAUUGGCGCCCAGUACAACAAAUACUGUUAAUGCAACUGAUCUAAACGUGUUAAGAAUGUGUGGAAAGCACUUUAAAUCAUCGUUUACUAUUGCAAUGGAGCUUAUUUUGAACUGAAUUAUGCUGUGUUUAAUUUAUUUAGUUAAGUUUUGAAAUGUAACGGUUAGUGUUAAGCAGGACUUCAAACCGUUUAAUUUAAGUAAUGGUAAAAUUUAAAAACUAUCUCAUUGUUUAAGUUUAGUUCAUAUUGAAUCAAAGCACGACAAAAUAUCGAUACAAGGUUUGAGGAACUGCUGUUAAGUACAUUGUGCAAAUUACUCCGCCCUUGUUGAUUUGUAAACAUUAAAUGUUGGCAAUUCUACUCUCUAGCAAUAACUAAUAGAAGGUUUUAACAAUGACUUACAAAAUUCUACCGUUUAGACUUCACCAUUUGUGUAGGUGUGCAGUCCGUGGGUAAUUUGCAUAAUUGUUAAUAUCUAUGUAGAUGAUAUUUGUUUACGAGCACCACGGUUGUGAAACGUUUUCUGACCUGUGCUUUCCAGCAUUCAGCAGAAAUCAAUGCGAAUCCAUCGAAUGUAAAGAGGGAGUUUUAGUGGGACAAUAAGAAGUAGCCGGCAGGAAUUGUUUAUUGUUUGGAUGCGUUGUUGCGACGUUGCUUGCUUUCAACUUUUUACUUGAACUCAUUCGCUCAGUGAUACUAUUGGAUUAACGUGUGCUCUACAUACCUAUGCAAAUCCUUUUCAAUUGGUGAAUUUACAAUUACAAUGAAUUGCAAUUCAUGUAUACACACACACACACAUACACACACAAUUAACACAAUCACCAAACACGAAUGUAACGAGUAAUGACACACAAGAGAUUGUAAAUUUUAAUAACGCGAACGCUUUUUACAAUUUUGAAGUUGCCUUUUCAUCCGCGUGAAAAGUAAACUCACCGCUUUUUAAAUUCGAAAUUUAAGAAGGUCAGAUCGAUAAAGAAUCAUUUAACUAUAAUGAAAUGAAAAUGCCUAUAAAAAAAAACAAAUUACAUUAACGUUUAGAGUGAUUAAAUUUUAACAGAACAGAGAAUUUGAAAAAUUAACUUAAAAUAUAUGGAGCAAACGAUGAGCAUAAAUUAUAACAAGAGGAUAAAUACUAUUAUAUUUAAAGAUACAGAGAUAUUAAACUAUUAACUAUGUUAAGGCAGAGUCAUAAUUUUCUAGUCAACUAUGAAUCAAAUCAAAUAAACUACUUACUAAAAUACGAAGAGGAACGUUCGAUCGGCGGAAAGUAUCUACGAAUCUAACAAAUUACGCUGUUACAAAUUACCAGAGAAGUUGAACAUUAUUGACACAAAUGCAUUCUUGGUAAUUAUAAGUGAUAAUUAUCAUUCAAAUUAUACUAUUAAUUCUAAGUAAUGUAUACUGUAUUGUUUUCAUGAAUGAAUUGCAUCACACCAAGAUAACGAAUAAAGAAACUCUCAAGAA